CAUUUGCCAAUUCCACUUCCAACAUGGUCGACACGCCGAUGAGCUUGCAGGCGAUCAAUGCGCGCCUCGAGUUCCAGAACAUGGUCCGCAGCAAACAGCAACUCGAAACCAAGGUACAAGAACUCACAGUGCUGGUAGAGGAACUCAAGACACUCAAGCCAGGGCGGACUGUGUACGCUCAAGCAUUGCCAGGCGACGUGCUGCUCAAGUCGGAAAAGACGGCCAUGCUGGAUAGCAAACAAGAGGAGCUCGAAAAGGCAAGAGAAGAGCUCACCAACUUGCGGAAAGAACUUGCACUAGCAUCCGAACUUAUCAAUAAACAACAACGGCAGUAACGUCGGUCGACAGUGAACGAAACAAACAAACAAACAAA